GGGCUGCCGGCCGAGGGGCGGCGGCCCCCCCGGCCUCCCCCGUGCCCCCCGAGCUGCUCCUGCACCCGGGACACGGCUUUUUGCGUGGACUCCAAGGCUGUGCCCAAGAACCUGCCCCCCGAGGUCAUCUCGCUGUUCAUUGAGAACAACGACAUCCAGGCGCUUUCAAAGGCCACUUUCCGCGGGCUCAAGUCGCUGACACACCUGUCCUUGGCCAACAACAACCUGCAGACGCUGCCACGGGACCUCUUCAAGCCGCUGGACAUCCUGAGUGACCUGGACCUCCGUGGCAACACGCUGGCCUGUGACUGCAAGAUCAAGUGGCUGGUGGAGUGGCUGGAGAGCACCAACACCACGGUCCCCGCCGUCUUCUGCAGCAGCCCCGGGCAGUUCGAGGGGCAGCGGAUCCGGGACCUGGCGCUCGGUGACUUCCAGUGCAUCACCACGGAUUUCGUGAUGCACCAGGUCCUGCCCUUCCAGGCGGUGUCAGCCGAGCCCUUCACCUACGCCAGCGACCUGUACGUGGCACUGGCGCAGCCCAGCGCCAGCAGCUGCUCCAUCCUCAAGUGGGACUACGUGGAGCGCAAGCUCCGGGACUUCGACCGCAUCCCCGCCCACUCGGCGGUGCACUGCAAGCCCAUCGUGGCGCAGGAGCAGCUCUACGUGGUGGUGGCGCAGCUUUUCGGCGGCUCCUACAUUUACCGCUGGGACACGGCCGUGGACAAGUUCAUCAAGAUCCAGGACAUCGACAGCCAGAAGAUCCGCAAGCCCAACGACAUCGAGGCCUUCCAGAUCGAGGGCGACUGGUACUUCGUCAUCGCCGACAGCUCCAAGGCGGGCUCCACCAGCCUCUACCGCCUCAACCAGAACGGGUUUUACUCGCACCAAGCCCUCCACGCCUGGCACCGUGACACCGACGUGGAGUACGUGGAGAACGACGGCAAACCGCGGCUGAUCAUCUCCAGCAGCUCCCAGGCGCCCGUCAUCUACCAGUGGAGCCGGGCGCAGAAGCAGUUCGUGCCGCAGGGCGAGGUGGGCGAGGUGCUGGACGUGCAGAUGGUCAAACACUUCAGGGCCAAGCGGGAGCAGUUCCUGUGCCUCAGCCGCUACAUCGGCGACUCCAAGGUGGUGCGCUGGGAGGGGCAGCGCUUCGUGGAGGUGCAGACGCUGCCGUCGCGCGGCUCCAUGGUGCUGCAGCCCUUCGCCGUGGGCCGCCGCCUUUACCUGGCGCUGGGCAGCGACUUCUCCUUCACCCACGUCUACCUGUGGGAGGAGGAGAAGCAGAAGUUCGCCAAGUUCCAGGAGCUGUCGGUGCAGGCGCCGCGGGCGUUCCGGGCGGUGCCGGCGGCCGACGUGCAGCUGCUGCUGGCGCCCAGCUUCAAGGCCAGCACGCUGGUGUAUCGGCACGUGGUGGUGGACCUCAGCCUGUAGCUGGCACCCAAAAAGCCACGUGCAUGUGCCCACCACCCCUCGCCCCCCACCCCCUGUCCCAGCUCUCCACCUUCACCCAGCCCCACGGUGCCUCGGUUUCCCCCCGGUUUCGCCCUGCGGGGUGCAGAGAGGGAGGGUGGGACACGCCUUGCCCCGCUGAGCUGCACCCCUGGGGGGCUGGAGAGGGUUUGGGGGGGUCUUUGUUCGGUUUGGGCCAUGGGAUGGGAGCUGGUGGGGAAGGAAAGGAGGGGAGACAGCAG